CCCCUGGUCAGUAGCCCUUUUGUGUAAGUGCCUGGCAGGGGCGACUCCGGGGCUGCUCCGGGCCGCCCGGGUCCUCCCCUCGGGCUCUGUCAGAGGAAGGGGACACCUCUCUGCAGGGGCUCUCUGUCCCCAGUCACAGUGCAGAUGGCAAGCGCAUGGAGCUCCCCUCCACCCAGCCUUCCCUCCCUCCUCCUCCUCCUCCUCCAGCUGUCCUUCAGCUACGCAGGACAGUUCAGGGUCAUAGGACCCGGCCACCCCAUCCGGGCUCUGGUGGGGGAUGAAGCAGAGCUGCCGUGCCGCAUGCACCCGGGGAAGAACGCCACGGGCAUGGAGGUGGGGUGGUACCGGCCCCCCUUCUCCAGGGUGGUCCAUCUCUACCGCAAUGGCCGGGAUCAGGACGCGGAGCAGGCCCCUGAGUACCGGGGGCGGACGGAGCUGCUGAAGGACAACAUGGGCGAGGGCAAGGUGACCCUCAGGAUCCGGAAGGUCAGGUUCUCAGAUGAAGGAGGCUUCACCUGCUUCUUCCGGGACCAUUCCUACCAGGAGGAGGCCGCGAUGGAGCUCAAAGUGGAGGAUCCCUUCUACUGGAUCAACCCCGGGGUGCUGGUCCUGAUGGCUGUCCUCCCCGUGCUCCUCCUGCAGAUCUCGCUGGGCCUCGUCUACCUCUGCCUGCAGCACAGACUGAGAGGAAAACUUCGGGCAGAGAUAGAGAAUCUCCACCGGACUUUCGACCCGCACUUCCUGAGGGUGCCCUGCUGGAAGAUCACCCUGUUCACGCUGGUGCCGGUGCUCGGACCCCUGCUUGCCCUGGUCAUCUGCUACAACUGGCUGCAUCGGAGACUGGCAGGGCAAUUUCUUGAAGAGCUAAGUAAGUUUUCUUCCUUUCUUCCUUUUGUAAGCUGAGAACCAAGGGCCAGGAAGGCAGAAAAAGGAAGUGGGGGCAGCUGAGCGACCCCAAGGGGGAGGCAGGGGCCUCUCCCACGCACUGCCCAGUUCCCACACUGUCCAGCAGCCACCUGGCACCUCACCUCCAAGACCAACCAUGGAGGAGAGAGGCUUCGCCAGGGCUUUCCCUGUCCUCGGGUUUAAUGGGUUGGUGAUGGUAACCACUGACAGAUUUUCAAGUCACUGUCUCCUCUUUCCAGGAAACCCCUUCUGAGCUGGACUGGCCCAUGGACCGGCCCUCAGGAUGCGGAUCCCCCAUGUUGAACACUCACUCAUUGGCCUCCUCGCUGCAGGGACUUUCUGGAAGCCCCCUCUGGCCACAGCCAGGCGGGCGCUCCUCUCCCUGAUGAGGUCACCUGAGCUGGACAGCGACACAGGCAGCAGGCUCUCAGCCUCGGACUGUGACCAGGACCCCCCUGUUGCACAUUCCAGUGCUCUAACCUCGAAAAUGGUGGUUGUUUCUUCCAAGAUGCCAGUCCUGAGGGGCAGGGCAGAGAGGUGGAGGGCUGCGGGAAGGGGCAGGAAGGGUCCAAACCAUGAGAGCUGAGUGAGCGAGCUGCUGGAGACCCUGGGGAGCCCGGACGUGGCCCGCAGCCCCCUUCCCUCCCGUCCAUCAGAGCCUCCACUGUUUUCUGCAACAAUUACUACUUGAUGGUCUGUCAGACACAAAGAAACAAGCAGGUGCUAAGUAAUGAUAAUACAGGUUUCCGUGAACCACUGCUCA